CCCCCCUCCGCGCGACCGCCGCCGCCCAGUACAGUUCCCCCCGACGGACCUUUUUUUUGCCCCCGCAGCAAAGGGUGCGCAAGACGGAGCAGCCAUGGACGCAUCCGAGGUCGACAAGCUCAACCCCAAGGACAAGGCCGAGCUGCUGCAGUUUGUCAACCACGAGAGCCAGCGGUCCAAGGUCCAGAUGCAAACCCACCAGCUGACCGAGACGUGCUGGAACAAGUGCGUCAAGUCGGUAAACAGGAGCAGCCUCGAGCCGGCCGAGGCGGGCUGCCUGGCCAACUGCGUCGAACGGUUCAUGGACGUCAACAACCUGACGAUGAAGCACCUCAACAGCCUGCGGCGGUCAUAGCCUAAGGCCCGAGGGAAAGGGUUUCCGGGAAUGGUCCAUAUGUCUAGGUGGAGGCGCCGUGGCGUGCCGUAGAUACCGUCCAUGUAUUAUAAUACAACGACUGCAAGAACUGCAGUAAUUGCAACAUUCCCCGCGCCGAAACUCUACGCUUCCGACCUCAAGGGCAUCGCCCUGACUGUGCUGAUGGCACGUAGGAUACACGAGA